GGCCGGUUGACAUAAGAUUACCGCGCAUUCGCUCACGGUAGUUUGGUGAUACUGGCGCCUUCUUGUUGAACGCGAGCCGCCGCAUUUAUGUUGAUUCGUGCGUGUUACCAGUGAAAUUCGUGAAUUAUGGCGAAUAUAAAUCUCGACAAGGACGCAUUCCACCGGCGAUUGAAGCGUCUGUACACCGCGUGGCAGAAGGCCGAGGGAGAAAAUGGGUUUUCUAAGAUGGAUGCUUUGAUUACAGCGGUGGGAAAAGACGAUGAAAUUGUGUACAGCAAGUCCGGGGCCCUGCAAACGUGGCUUUUGGGGUACGAGUUAACAGACACUAUAAUGGUGCUGACGGAGAAUAAGGCGUACUUUUUGGCCAGCAAGAAAAAGAUAGACUUUUUAAAACAAGCUGAGAGCAAGGAUGAAAACAACAUACAGUUGUCUUUGCUAAUAAGAGACAAGGACAGCGAUGAUGCUAACUUUAAAACUCUUGUGAACGCUAUCAAAGACUCGAAAAGUGGCAAAUCCAUUGGUGUUCUCUCAAAAGACAAUUACCCAGGCCCUUUCAUGGAAUCCUGGCGUAACCUCCUUAAAAAAGAAGAGUUUGUUAGCAUCGAUGUAAGCGCCCCUUUGGCGCUGCUAAUGUCGCCGAAAGAGGACUCUGAAAUAAUAACAAUUAAAAAAGCAUGCCUGGUUUCAGUUGAUGUAUUCACAAAAUACCUUAAAGAUCAGAUAAUGGAGAUUAUCGACUCUGACAAAAAAGUAAAGCAUAGCAAAUUGGCUGAAGGAGUAGAGUCUGCAAUACAAGACAAAAAGUAUGUAUCUGGGGUGGAUGUUAACCAAAUUGAUAUGUGCUACCCAGCUAUUAUACAAUCGGGGGGUAAUUAUAGCCUGAAAUUCAGUGUUGUCAGUGAUAAAAAUACUCUGCAUUUUGGGGCUAUCAUAUGUUCCCUUGGGGCAAGAUACAAGUCCUAUUGCUCAAAUAUUGUCAGAACUUUGUUGGUAAAUCCUAGUGAUGAGGUACAGGGGAAUUAUAAUUUUCUUGUGCAACUUGAAGAAGAGGUUUUGAAAAAAAUGCAGGCCGGUACAAAGAUUUCUGAGGUUUAUGAGGCUGGAGUUGAUUAUUUAAAAAAAGAGAAACCCCAGUUGCUUGAUAAUCUUACAAAGAAUUUUGGUUUUGCUAUGGGGAUUGAGUUCAAAGAAAGUUCAUUAAUUUUAACAGGGAAAACUACUGCUGUUUUGAAAAAAGGCAUGGUUUUCAAUGUCAAUUUAGGAUUUAGCAACUUAAAAAACAAAGAUUCUUCUGAUAAACAAUCAGCUACUUAUGCAUUGUUCCUUGGGGAUACGGUUAUAGUAAACGAAGGGCAACCAGCUACAGUUUUAACAGUCUCUAAGAAAAAAAUCAAAAACAUUGGUAUAUUUUUGAAAGAUGACUCGGAAGAGGAAGAAAACGACGAUGAAAAAGAAAACACCCCAAAACCCGAAAUGCUGAGUGGAAGAGCAAAACGUACGGCCGUUUUGGAAAACAAACUUCGCACGGAGCACACCUCAGAGGAGAAACGUAAAGAACAUCAAAAAGAACUCGCGCAACUGCUCAACGAAAAAGCUAAGGAACGUUUGGCCAAACAAUCUGGCGCCAAGGAUGUAGAAAAAGUUCGGAAAAACACGAUCUCCUACAAAAACGUGAACCAAAUGCCCCGAGUACCUGAAGUGAAGGAGCUGAAGUUGUAUGUUGAUCAGAAGUAUGAGACUGUUAUUUUGCCUAUCUAUGGGAUUGCUGUUCCCUUCCAUAUUUCCACAAUCAAGAAUAUUUCACAGUCCAUUGAGGGGGAUUAUACUUAUCUUAGAGUGAAUUUCUUUCAUCCUGGGUCUACCAUGGGCAAAAAUGAUGGCAACUACCAGCAACCGGAAGCGACGUUCGUGAAGGAAGUGACCUACCGCAGCAUAAACACGAAAGAACCCGGCGAAAUAUCCCCGCCCUCUUCGAACCUGAACACCGCGUUCCGCCUCAUCAAGGAGGUGCAGCGCAAAUUCAAAACCCGCGAGGCCGAGGAGAAAGAGAAGGAGGACCUCGUCAAACAGGACACGUUGGUUCUGUCGCAGAACAAGGGUAACCCGAAGUUGAAGGAUCUCUACAUCAGGCCCAACAUCGUCAGCAAAAGAAUGACGGGCAGUCUCGAGGCCCACAACAACGGCUUCAGGUACACCUCCGUCAGAGGCGAUAAGGUCGACAUCCUCUACAACAACAUCAAGAACGCCUUCUUCCAACCGUGCGACGGCGAGAUGAUCAUACUGCUGCAUUUCCACCUGAAGCACGCGAUAAUGUUCGGCAAAAAGAAGCACGUGGACGUGCAGUUUUACACCGAGGUCGGCGAGAUCACGACGGACCUGGGCAAACACCAGCACAUGCACGACAGGGACGACCUGGCCGCGGAGCAAUCCGAGAGGGAGUUGAGGCACAAACUCAAAACCGCCUUCAAGUCGUUCUGCGAGAAGGUCGAGUCGAUGACGAAGCAGGAAAUCGAGUUCGACACGCCGUUCAGGGAGCUGGGAUUCCCCGGCGCCCCCUUCCGCUCGACGGUGCUGCUGCAGCCGACUUCCGGUUGCCUGGUCAAUUUGACGGAGUGGCCGCCGUUCGUGAUCACUUUGGAGGAUGUGGAGCUGCUCCAUUUCGAAAGGGUGCAGUUCCACUUGAAGAACUUCGAUAUGGUUUUCGUUUUCAAGGAUUACGCGAGGAAGACGGCCAUGGUGAACGCGAUUCCGAUGAACAUGCUGGAUCACGUCAAGGAGUGGCUGAACUCCUGCGAUAUCAGAUAUUCCGAGGGCAUCCAAUCAUUGAACUGGGUAAAAAUCAUGAAAACCAUCACCGACGACCCCGAAGGCUUCUUCGAGAGCGGCGGCUGGACUUUCCUGGACCCGGAAUCGGACGUCGAGGAGGCGGCGCAGGACGAAGAGUCCGAGGACGACGAAGCCUUCGACCCCUCCGACUUGGAGUCCGUCUCCGAGGAGAGCGACGAGGACUCGGAGUACUCCGAAGGCGACACGGAGGACGACGACGACGGGAGCGAGGAUCUGGGAUCGGACGAGGAGUCCGGCAAGGACUGGUCCGACUUGGAGCGCGAAGCCGAAGAGGAGGACCUGAACAAGGAUCGCGGCAAGUUCGACGAGGACGACUUCAAGAGGAACCGAAACCCGGCGAAAUCCUCCUCCAAAGUUUCCUCGUCGAAGCGCAAAGGCAGCAGCCAUUCCCCCAAGAAGCACUCCUCCAGUUCCAAACACAACUCCAGCAGGGACAAGGACAAGCGCAGGGAAAGAGACAGGCACAACUCGUCGAAUUCCAGCGGAAAACACAAAUCCUCCUCUCACUCUAAAUCUUCGAGCUCGCACAAGUCGCCCUCCAAAGAUCACGGCAAAUCUUCCUCCUCGCGUCAUAAUUCUUCUUCGGACAAAAAACGCAGUCGAGACGACAGCGGCAGCAGCGACCGUCACAAGUCCAAGAAGUCCAGGAAGUAAUUUCACAACCGUUUUUUAAUUAUUAGGUUAGUUGUUUUAAGUUUACUUUUAGUUUAUUUAAAUACCCCCACAGUUAUUCCUUACCGAUUUUUUUUAUUCAUAAAUGUACAGUACUUGUAAGCCUUUGAUAUAAAUAUAAUUUUUAAUCCACCACCUAAACUAUUUUUGUAUUGCUGUACAAUGUUGUUAACCAAUAAAUCGCAAUCUCUUAA